AUUUCCAGGAAAUUAUCUCCAUCACAGAAGAGUGGACAAGAAAAUGGCGGCCUCCAAGGAAACUGUGUUGGGUGCAGCCAAGCAAUUUAUCAACUACAUCAACAAGAGUCCGUCCCCUUUUCAUGCUGUAGAUGAGGUUUCCAAAAUGCUGCUGAGGUCUGGAUUUAAGGAAUUACAAGAAACUCAGGCAUGGGACAUUAAACCACAACAGAAGUAUUUUCUGACCAGAAACAAGUCCACUAUCAUUGCAUUUGCUGUCGGUGGAAAAUUUAAGCCAGGCAAUGGUUUCAGUAUAGUUGGAGCUCACACAGAUAGUCCUUGUCUGAAGGUGAAACCUGAUUCUAAAAAGAACAAGGUUGGGUACCAGAUGGUUGGUGUUGAGUGUUAUGGUGGAGGUAUCUGGCACACAUGGUUUGACCGAGACCUAACUAUUGCUGGACGUGUGCUUGUCAGGAACAAGGACAAGAUUGAUCAUCGCCUUAUACAUGUUGAGCGUCCAAUCCUUCGUGUGCCCAAUAUAUGUAUCCACCUGAUGAGAGAUCACAACGAAAAGUUCGGCCCCAACAAGGAAACGCAUGUAUGUCCUGUCCUUGCUACAGCUGUACAGGCAGAACUCCAAGGUGAUUCUGGGAUUUCUGAGACUAAUGUUCCAGGCUUCACUCCCCAGUGCCUUAAACAUCAGCCAUUACUAGUGAAGUUGAUUUGUGAUGAACUCGAUAUCCAGCCAGAUCAAAUGUUGGACUUUGAACUCUGUCUCGCAGACACACAACCAGCUGCCAUCGGUGGAAUUCUAGAGGAGUUCAUUUUUGCACCACGACUGGACAACCUUCUAAAUGCUUAUUGUGCAACUGAGGCUUUGAUUGAGUCAUGCAUUGGGAACAGCCUGAGUGAAGACCCAAACAUCCGUCUCAUCUGUUUGUUUGACAACGAAGAGGUGGGGUCCCAGAGUGCGCAGGGUGCAGCAUCCACUCUCCAGGAGCUUGUUCUCCGCCGCCUCAGUGCUGGAGGGAGCAGCACAGCAUUUGAAGAGUCAAUGCCCAAAUCCUACAUGAUGAGUGUAGACCAGGCCCAUGCAGUUCAUCCCAACUAUGCUGAAAAGCAUGAGAGUAAUCAUCAGCCAGGAUUACACAAGGGAUAUGUGGUAAAGUUUAAUUCUAAUCAGCGUUAUGCAACAACUGCCAUUACCACCGCUAUUCUGAGAGAGGUGGCUAAGACUGCUGGGGUGCCAUUACAGGACUUUGUGGUGAGGAAUGACUCCCCAUGUGGUUCCACCAUUGGCCCAAUCAUGUCAGCCAAGUUGGGGAUGCCAACCAUUGAUAUUGGGUCACCACAGCUUAGCAUGCAUUCUAUCCGUGAGAUGUGCUGUACUUCUAGUAUCUACCAGGGUAUUCAGUUAUUCCAGGGAUUUUUUGAGAACUAUCCGCGAGUUUUUGCUUCAAUGAACAUGUGAUCCAUUCCUAGAAGUUGUGUGUGCAUGAUUCGGGCAGCAGAUAAACAAGAUCAAGGGAGAUAAUCCUAUUCAUUAUCAUGAGCAAAGUGUUUUUAAGAUGACUGUGAUAUAUAUAGCCAAUGCACAAUAUAAUUAAUCUGUUAAUAUUUUGAUUAUUUGCUGAGAUUUUUUCAACAUUGCUUAUUCAGUUAAUAUUUUGACUCUCUACUAAUAUUUUUUCUGCCAUUUAAGGUACACAUCCUCUUAAUUCUCUUCUAGUCUGCAGUAGUUCUAGCCUGAUUUAAUUGAUGUUAGUGUUAAUAUCAUGUGAAAUAU